UUCUUUAGUGACCUACUAACACAGAUCCGUGAAACGGCAGUCUCUCCGGGAGGAAAAAAGGCAGGGAGCGCCGUUCACCUCAAUGCAAUCGGAUUUCAACGCGACUGAAACUAGUUUCUCUGUAUAACGACCUGUGAUUUUGAAGUGUACAGUGGCACGGACAACCGCAUCUUGAGCAUUAAGCUGGAGUUUCAUUAAGGUACUCUGGAAGACACAAAGGAGACCGUUCGGAAAUACCAGCAGCUGAACACAAAUCUGUGAUAUUGGCUUGUGGGACAAGGGGGUGAUUUUUACACAAACAAAUGAACCAACAUGACUUGUGACCUGUGAGUUUGAACCCCGCGCCGACUUAGAAAAAAAAUCAAGAAGUAUGCAGACGAUCAAGAAAGAACCGCCGUCAGCCGGCUCAUACUGUGGAGAGGACGCCCUGGUGCUCGCCAUGGCAUUGCAGGGGGAAGACCAGGAUCUGAUGGGCCGAAAGCUGUCCCCAAACAUGCCCUUCAAGGUCAAGGGCUCCAACUGCCGCAGGAAGAGGGAGUUCAUCCCGGACGAGAAGAAGGACAACCUGUACUGGGAGCGGCGACGGAAGAACAACGAGGCGGCCAAGCGCUCGAGGGAGAAGCGGCGGCUCAACGACAUGGUCCUGGAGAACAAGCUGAUGGCGCUGGGCGAGGAGAACGCCACCCUCAAGGCCGAGCUGCUGUCGCUCAAGCUCAAGUUCGGCCUGGUCAGCUCCGCGGCCUACGCCCAGGAGGUGCAGAAGAUCUCCAGCUGCACGGCCGCCCUCUACCAGGACUAUCUGCUGCCGGGCCCCAGCCAGGGGCCCUUCCCCCGGGAGCUGGGCAGCAGCUGCAUCUCCGUCAUCAAGCACUCGCCGCACGGCGCCCUGUCGGACGCCUCCGAGACCUCGUCCUCCUCCUCCGCCGCGGCGCGGGGCAGCCCCCUGGCCGAGGCGUGCCGGUCCCCGGAGGUCAUCAAGCAGGAGCCGGCGGACGGCGGCGGCGGCUACGCCCGGGAGGGGAGGGAGCGGGGCAGCAACCCAUACGAGCUCUACCGAAACUACCUGGCUAGCCCUUUCCCAGGGGUCUACUCCCAGCCCUCCCCGUUCCUGCAGAUCACCAGCUCGUCCAGCAGCUCGCCGCGGACGUCCGACGGGGACGAGGGCGCCGUCGGCAAGUCGUCGGACGGGGAAGACGAGCAGCAGGUCCCGAAAGGUCCCGCGCCCGUCGCCCGCGACCCCCGGAGCGUCAUCGUCUCCACGGUGAAGGUGCCGGACGCCGGGCCCUCCGCCCUGCCCCACAAGCUCCGGAUCAAGGCCCGGGCCAUCCAGAUCAAGGUGGAGGCCAUCGACCCCGAGUACGACCCCUCCGGGAAGCCCGCCUCCCCCGUCGACAUGUCCGGCAAGGGGUGCUACCAGGCGGCCGCCAAGUGCGCCGCGCCCUCCCGUUUCGCGCAGUCCUCCCUCAGCCCCCUGUCCCUCCAAGUGACUAACGUCCAGGACUGGACCGCGCGCCCGGACCGCUGGCACAAGGAGCGCCCGGAGACGCUCCAGAGCGGGUGCGAGAACCGGCUCUGCCCCGGGUCGCCCGGCCCGGUGACCAGCAAACUCAUCGUCGACCUCAAGGACGGCUCGUACGCCGACGCCGAGAACUUCUACCUGAAACGGGGCAUCGCCGACCUGUCGGCGGAGGUGGCGUCCCUGAAAAGACUCAUCACGACGCGGCAGGGGUCCGUCGCCGAGGCGGCCAAAACCGUCGUCGACGACGACGACGACGACCGCGACCACCACGAUCUGUCGUCGAAGGGUUGUUACUCGAAGUGAGUCCUGUGUAUUGGUGCGAAGCUCUUGUUUUUUUUGUUGUUUUUUUUUUUCAUCGUGUUCGUUAUUGCACUGUACAGUCCUUAUGGUGUCAAAAAAAGAUGCAGUUCAUUUUUAAUGGAUGGCGUGCUGUGCACUUACUGAUGUAGUCGGCGUGUACUCUUGAUUGGUCCAGUCUCUAGUCCAGCAACCGGAUGUCAGGCUGCAGUUGAAAAUUAAAUGUAAACGUUUUCUCCAUUUUCUUGUAAAUUGUAAGGUCUUUUUUUUUGUUUACAAUAAAUGUACCUAAGUACUGAAA